AUCAAGCACCUAGGCAUGCAGACUGCUUCUACAAUUGUGAAAGAAUAGGUCGUUCUCAGGAGGUCAGUGGAUUCAAGUGUGGUACCAUGAUAGGUUGCCACCUGUGCAAUAAGUCCAUCCGUGGCAUUUCCUGGCUACUAAAUAUUCCACGGUCAACUGUUAGUGGUAUUAUAACAAAGUGGAAGCAACUGGGAACAACAGCAACUCAGCUACAAAGUGGUAGGCCACGUAAAAAUGACAGAGCGGUGUCAGUGCAUGCUGAAGUGCACAGUGUGUAGAAGUUACCAACUGUCUGCAGAGUCAAUAGCUAAAGACCUCCAAACUUCAUGUGGCCUUCAGAUUAGCACAACAACAGUGCAUAGAGAGCUUCAUGCAAUGGGUUUCCAUGGCCGAGCAGCUGCAUCCAAGCCUUCCAUCACCAAGUGCAAUGCUAAGCGUUGGAUGCAGUGAUGUAAACUACACCACCACUGGACUCUAGAGCAGUGGAGACUUGCCUGACUGCAUUGUGCCAAGUGUAAAGCUU